AGCCACUCAGCCCUUUUGAAGAGGCUGAGGAAGUAUCCCAUUCCCGCUGCUUCCUCCAGCUCCAGCGAAACCAAACCAGACGAGGAUGCGCCCCUACAUCCCCAAGACAACCUUCGCCUUCUGCCACUCCCUCCUCUCCUCCCGCUUCCGGCCAUCCGCCGCCGGCCCCGCCGCGCCGCUGCUCCCCGUCCAGGCCCUCCUCACCACGGCCGGACUCUCCCCGCGCCACCCCGACCUCUCCCUCGUCUCCCUCAACUCCCUCCUCCGCAUCCUCUCCCGGGGCGCCUCCUCGCCGGCCCACCCGCUCCUCGCCCUCCGCCUCCUCCUCCUCAUGCUCUCCCCCUCCUCGCCGCUCCCCUCCCCGGACCACCUCUCCUUCCCCUUCGCCCUCUCCGCCGCCGCCGCCGCAGCUCCCAUCACCCCGCCCCCGGGGCCGCAGCUCCAGGCCCUCCUCCUCAAGAACGCGCUCUUCCCCUCCGACCACUACGUCACCACCGCGCUGCUCCAGCUCCACGCGCCCCGCCCGGCCGACGCGCGGAGGGUGUUCGACGAGCUGCCGAGGCGGGAGGCCAUCCACUACGACCUGCUGAUCGGCGCCUACGCGCGCGCCGGGAUGGCCGCCGAGGGGCUGGCGCUGUUCCGGGCCAUGUUCGCGGACGGGGUGGCCCCGGACGCCGUCGUCCUCACGACGGCGAUCGCCGCGUGCGCCCAGUCCGGCGCGCUCGAGUGCGGGGAGUGGGCGCACCGCUACGUGGAGCGCAACGCGCCCGCGCUGCUCGCGGACGCGUUCGUCGGGUCGGCGCUGGUGAGCAUGUACGCCAAGUGCGGGUGCCUGCGGGAGGCCGUGAGGGUGUUCGAGGGAAUGCCGGAGCGGAACGAGUUCGUCUGGGGCACCAUGGUCGGCGCGUUCGCGGUGCACGGCAUGGCGCGGGAGGCGGUGGCGUGCCUCGAGAGGAUGGCGGGGGAGGACGGCGUGCGCCCGGACGGCGUGGCGGUGCUUGGGGCGCUGUCUGCGUGCGCGCACGCCGGGAAGGUCGAAGACGGGCUCGGCCUUCUGAAGGAGAUGCGCCGGCGGUACGGCGUCGCUCCGGGGCACGAGCAUUACAGCUGCACCGUCGACAUGCUGUGCCGGGUCGGGCGGCUGGAGGAAGCGGUGGAGCUGAUCGGGAGGAUGCCGAUGGCCCCGCUCGCAUCCGUGUGGGGAUCUCUCCUGGCAGGCUGCCGAAUGCACGGCAACGUCGAGUUGGCAGAGGUGGCAGCCAGUGAGCUCGAGAAGCUAGGAGCCGGUGCCGACCAGGGCGUCCACGUCCAGCUCUCCAACAUUUAUCUCGAUGCCAACCGCAAGGACGAUGCGCGGAGGGUCCGAAAACUGAUCGGCAGCCGGGGACUCAAGAAGGUCCCGGCGUAUAGCGAGGUGGAGGUUGAUGGCGAGUUAAGCUCGUUCGUCGCUGACGACCAGGCGCAUCCACAGCGCUUCGAGAUAUGGGACGUGCUUGGGCUGCUCGCAGAGCAGAUGGGGCCGAGUCCAGAGGAGGAGGAAGGAACAACCUUGGUUACGCUCUUGUAAGUUGUAAGUUGUAACAGGAAAUCGAAACAAUGUUGCAAUACAAGCGUUGAUACUGAGCAGUAAACGGUAUUUAUUCA